CAGUUGAUAUUCCAUAGCCAUGGCUGUUCCACGUCUAGCGCUCGCUCUGCUAGCCCUGUCCCUGCUCCUCUCGGUGGCUCAGUCCUCGCCCGAGGGCCGCAUUCUAGGCGGCGAAGAUGCCACCGCCUUCGAUUUUCCCUGGUCGGCCUCCCUGCGUUACAACAAGGCCCACACCUGCAUGGCCUGCAUCAUCUCCAACACCCGUCUGCUGACCGCCGCCCAUUGUGUGUCCGAUAUGGGCACAACACCGGUGGCUGCCAGCACCUUGGGCGUGCGCGUGGGUAGCAUCAAUCAGUAUGCCGGCGGACAGAUCGUGAAUGUAAAUAGCGUCCUCAUUCAUCCCUCGUACGGAAACUUCCUGCACGAUCUGGCCAUCAUCACGCUAAGUGAGCCCCUGGUAUUCACGGAGCGCAUUACGGCCGUUACCCUGCCCACCAAGGUGGAGGAGGGCUCCGCCGAGGAGGAGUCCACGGAGCUGCCCAACGGAACACCCGUCUAUGCGGCUGGCUGGGGCGAGGUCUCUGACGGCUCGGCCCCCUACAAGCUGCAGAAGGCCAACUACAAUACGCUGAGCUCUCCCUACUGCGAGCUGGCCGCCGGCUAUGGCUACGAGUCCUGCCUGUGCCUGACCAGUGCCGAGAAGGAGGGCAUCUGCCGCGGUGACGCCGGCGCCGCUGUCAUUGACGACAACAAGGUGCUUCAGGGCAUCACCAGCUUCCAGUUCGCGGACUGCGGCAGCUCCUACCCGGACGUGGCCUCUCGCAUCUACUACUAUCUCGAUUGGAUCGAGGCAAAUGCUCAGUAGACUACGAGUAUCUGCAGGAGGAGACCACAGGAUGAACGAGCGCUUGUUUUUCAACAUUUUUUUUUCAUGUGCAUAAAGUGCUUUCUCCUAUUAACAAGAA